AACUAAAUAAAUAUAUUAUAUGUACAUAUGUAUGUAUGUGCGUGGCUAAGUGCUGUGUCAGCUUCAUUUAAUUAAUAAAGGACUAGUGGAGCGACUUUUUGCGUACAAGUGCCCUUAAAGAUACUUAUGUAAGUGUCUUUGUAAAUAAUUAGAAAAAAUCGUGAAUUAAUUCAGUUUCUUAUCGAAAAUAAGUCCAAAAAAAAGUGAAAAAUUUAUGAAAUAAUAUGAAGAAGUGUUCAUAAGGGAAAAAGGACUAAAUUUGGAACAGAACGUCUUUAUGAUUGAAGUGAAAAUGAUUUCGAAGCUGUGGCUUCUUAUUUGCGCGACUCACAUCGUUAUCAUUAAGGGUACAUACGACCCAGCUCUUAAUGGUAUAAAGACAAGAAACUACCAUCGAACUUAUCCAAAUGCUGAGCAAGAGCCACAUAUCAAUUCGCAGUCGUAUGAACCCAGACCCAUUUCCAAUGGCAAUUACGGUGCCGGUUCAGUGAGGUUAUCACCAACUAAUUCAUACCCACACUAUGAUGGGUCUCGCACUGAACAACAGCCCUCACACAGUCACCAACACCAGCAUGCUGUUGGUCAGCAGCAACAUCAAAAACAAACCGCACAACAAACGGCCUCUUAUCAGCAACGCGAAUUACCGCUAUUUAAUCGCAAUGCACACGUGCGUCACUCAACGCCAACACAGCGCUCGGAGCGCAGAGAGAGCGUUUUGAGCAGCGGCCUAGAGAGCACAAUUCCAGACUUCGACACUGGUUGUCCGCCACAGCAUACAGGGCCGGUGCCGUAUGCUUAUGAUUGUCGGCGUUUUGUCAACUGCUGGCAUGGACGCGGUCACAUACAGAGCUGUGGUCCCGGUACGGUCUUUAAUCCAGAAACUCUUGAAUGCGACCGACCUGACAAAGUUGUUUGUGGUGGUGCGCUUACUAAUGGUGAGCGCAGAGAGCAGCAAGCAACUUUGCACAGCGCACCGCAGCAAAACAAAUAUCGCGCUGGGCGUUUAAUAGACGCCAGCACAGAUAGCGUGAGAGAUCUUUGCCCCAACGGCUUCAGUGGAUUGGCGCCACAUCCAAAUGAUUGCACGAAAUUCUUGAAUUGCGCUAAUGGCAAUACCCACGUACAGAACUGCGGUCCCGGUACUGCGUUCAGCGCUUCGAAGAAGGUGUGCGAUUUUAAAGAAAAUGUUGAUUGCGGUGACCGCGAGAAUUCGGCUUAUGGAGCAGUGAACAACCGUGAUAGCCGUCAGUAUGAUGAAGUGUUUUGUCCUUCGGGCGCGAGUGGCUUAUACCCACAUCCUUACGAUUGUACUCGAUUCCUCAAUUGUGCACACGGUCAGAUGGUGGUACAAUCCUGUGGACCUGGUACAGCAUUUGAUCGAGUAAAGUUGAUAUGCGAUUACGUGAAAAAUGUUGACUGUACAACAACAAUUAAAGCCAAAUCCAAUUUAAACUAUGUGGACACAAAUGUUCAGCAGAACGCAUUGGGAAGAGGCGAGGAAAAAGAAGAAGGUGAUAUAUUCUGUCCACCCGGCGUGUCUGGCCACUUUCCAUAUCCCUUCGAUUACACCAAAUUCAUAAACUGUAAAAAUGGCAACACGGCGAUACAAAACUGUGUGCCGAACACUGCGUAUAGCAUAUCGAGAAAUUACUGUGAAUCCAAGGAGAAAGUACCGCGCACAGAUCACGUCGCUUACAUAGUGUCUGAAGUACGUUAUGAAUAUUCUCUGACGAUUGUCAGUUGUCCACCUUCCACUGAUGGCCUACACUUAUACCCUUACGAUUUCACUAAAUACAUAAGCUGCCAACAAGAACAUAUGAACAUUGUCGCCUGUGCACCGAAAUAUGUAUUUAGUAUAUCUCGCAGAGAAUGUCUGCCCGAAACUCAAGUGAAUAUCGCCGAUCGUGUACGAAAUGCUUGGGAGCUACGACACAACGUCGAGUCAACUGAUUCCAGGAAUGCAGCACUAAACUACAUGAAUGAGUUGCCUGAAUGCCCUCAAGGCCACUCUAGCCUCUAUCCACACCCUUUUGAUUGUAAAAAAUAUCUGCAAUGCCUUGACGGUAGGCUGUCUAUAGAGACCUGCGAUUCGGGCUAUGUUUUCAGUUUGUCUUCAAAACACUGUGAUCCGAAGGAUUUGGUUGGCAAUACUGAACAGGUUCCACUAUCGUUUGAUGUUGGCCAGAUUAGUACAUCUGAAUCGGAUUACGACUACUUUAAUAAUAAUCUAGUGGGCAUACAAUUACUUUGUCCGCAAAAUGUUAGAGGCUUCUUUUUAUAUCCCUUCGAUUGCACUAAAUACUUGUAUUGUCGUGAUGGCCAAGGGCAAAUAGAGAACUGCAUUUCUGAUAAAGUCUUCAGUAUAUCAGCUAGGGAAUGUAUAAAUCGUAAUCUGGUAGAGGCAUAUGAUCGCGUGGAAUAUUUCAGUGAGGUUCCUAACGAAUUCUCAACAGAACUGGAGACUAUCAAAAAUCAAUUGUUCGUGCCAAACUGUUCUUUGGGUGCUGACGGACUCUAUCCAUAUCCUAAUGAUAAUACGAAGUAUAUAAAAUGUGUAAAUGGGCAAGCAACCGUUGAGAAUUGCAUAAGUGGAAUGAUUUUCAGUAAAGCCAGGAAGUACUGCGACUAUGAGCGGAAAGUUUACGAAUAUGAUAGUGGAAAAAAUGAUUAUGAUGCAUUCAAUAAAGAGCACUGGGUUCAAGGCACCACACAUGUAAUAAGGGAGGGUAAAACUGUGGACGAGAACGUGGGCGCUCAAAUUGCUUGUCCCCCAAAUUCGAUGGGAAUGUAUCCGCAUCCACAAGAUUGCAGAAAAUUUCUUUCGUGUGCCAAUGGUAUAGUUGAUAUCAAGGACUGUGGUCCAGGGACUGUGUGGAGUGUUGAGAUGGAAGUGUGUGACUUUGAGAAAAAUGUAAAUUGCACGGGACGCACGAAGCUGCAUACAACCGCUCAGAGUGCAUUUACAGAGGACAAGGUGGCAUGUCCAUCUAAUGUAAAUGGUUUAUUCUUACAGCCAUUUAAUGCUUAUCAAUACAUUGAGUGUAGAAACGGUGAAACUAACUUACAGAGCUGUCCACCGGGAAGUGUGUUCAGUAUUUCAAAGAGAUUAUGUCUCUCCGAAGAGCAAGUCAAUACCUGGGACCAUGUAAUGUGCGUUCAAGAGUAUAUGACAGAUAUAACUCUGCACUAUAAUUACGUCGUCUGUCCGGCGCAGGCACUUGGUUACUUCAUUUAUCCUUUUGACGGCUUACUAUUUAUUGAAUGCAAGGCCGGUCAUACAAACAUACAGAGCUGUGCACCGAAUACGUUCUUCAGCUUAUCAAAUAAGAUUUGUAUACCCUCUACUGAAGCAAGAGACACCGAUCAUUUGUGGUUAAGCACAGUUGGUCAGGUUGCUGAUAAUAAUUUUGGCACCUACGAUCACAACCGUGAGUGGGGGACUGUAGAUAUGACAGGUGCUGGUACUCACACGCUCAGCCUUGAAGAUACCGUUCAAACAGCAGUAUGUCCAUCUGGCGCUUCAGGUCUUUACCCUCAUCCAAAGGACUGCACGAAAUAUUUGCGAUGUGCCAACGGCAUCACUUAUGUAAUGGAUUGUGGUCCCGGUACAGCUUUUAAUGCUGCGCUCGAGGUGUGCGAUUUUAAAGACAAAGUUGACUGCUCGUAUAAUGUGGACUUUAACAAUGUAGCUUUGGGCCAUGACAGAGGUCCCAACAUUCACCCCAUUACAUGUCCUGAGGGAGCCACUGGUAUAUAUCCCCAUCCUUUGGAUUGCAGAAAGUUUCUUAAUUGCGAUAAUGGCAUAACUAAUAUACAAGAUUGCGGCCCCGGUACUGCCUGGAAUGCAAAACUGGAAACUUGCGAUUUUAUAAAGAAUGUCGAUUGUUCAGAUACCCACAACGUUCAUGGAAAUAAUCCUAACGCAAACUAUCAGCCUCCGCCAACACAAUCGAACUACCGGGACUCAACACAAAACGGCUGGCGGCAGCAACACCAUGAGCAUGGUAGUUCUUCUCAAAGAACUGCUAACGAUAGACAAACUUAUGGCAACGGUGUGCCAACGACAUCUACUCAAACGGGCAGCUAUGGAGACCGUUGGUCCAACAUGGAUGUGCAGCGGCCUAUAGCUAGUGACAUGACUUACGUCGGUUGGAUCGCUUCCGGCUCUGCAAUUGAUCGACAAACGCCCACACAAAGUGUCAUCUACGAAGAAGGCUCGCUGCAACCAAAUCGUAAUUAUAAUACUUUUAGCACAUAUACAACUCCUUUAGCACCUUUUAAACCUGAGUCCGUACCUGCUACAUCCGUUAAUAGUAAUACCUUUACUAAUGAGACUACAAACAUUUACUAUGCACAACCUGUUGGGUCCGAAGAAAACACCGAGGAAGUAUUUGACGAUUCCAGAAUAAAUACACAAUCUUCAAACCGUUUGCCAUUUAAUAAAAAUGAAUUUAAUGUUGCACAAACUUCGAACAAAUGGAUUUCAAUACCUAAUCAAGAGCUUUUGCCACCGAAGCGCACUCCUGAGCCGCAAACUGAAGCACAAGAUUUUCCACCACAAAAUAUCUUUACUCCAGCGUCUUACAUUACACCUCCAACCGGACAUGCUCAUAGUUCUACGGGGGACAGUUCGACAUUUGUACCGCAAAACCAAUUUGACUCUUCUAAUCUCUACGGCGGCUUGCAACCACCACCGCCACCGCCACCAGCUCCUACUAUCCCUCAAAGUCCUUUGUCACAUGCUUCAAAUCCUAUUCACAACUUUGAGCCAUCUAAUCCAACUAAAGGUGGCCCCUCGGGUAGAUCUCUAGAUGAAAUCGAACCUAUCAGAGCUUUCAGCACGAAUGCUCACGGAAAACCGCAUUUGCUUUCUCCUCCUUCAAGCAUGAAUGCUUACAAAACUGAUAUUGACACGAGUACACCUGCGACUUACCUUCAGCCACCUGCAUUGCCCACACCUGCAGCUGCAACUGCAACUAGAUCGUAUUCGGGGGCUUCGACACGUUUAAAGCCUGUACACAACGUGCUAGAGAAUACAACAAUAGCAAUGUUCCCUAAAGAUCCCCACUAUAGUGGUUCCUAUUCAAAUGUUGCACAUGCAAGUCCACCAAAGUCUGUCGAUUUUGAAGACGUACAGGCUUCUGAAGAUUUACUCAUGGCUGAUGCCUUACGCCUACUUUUGCGUCCCUAUUUUAAUCGUAGCGGCACAAUUUCGGAAGAAAACGCCGAUAAAGUUGAGGGUCAUAUAAUGAAACUCUCACCCAAACUUACUUCACACACAUCCGUCAUAACUUCAUCAACCGAUAAAACUAUCAAAAACUCGCCAGUUGGUGCUGAAAAUGAAAAGGAGGUUGAACUUAUACUUGCAGGUGAACAACAUAGUUUGACCACAGUCCCAACCCAGAAUAGCACUCACGAAACACGUACUGAAUUUUAUUCGAAAAAUACAAGACAAGAGUCGAAGACUAAUUCCAAUUGGCACAAUCACGGACAUAGUCGCGAAUUUCACCGUAAACAUCCAAAUUUACUUGACCCCUUUAAUGAGGACGACCACACAAGUACUCAUACACAUCAUCGACACAAUCAUAAUAGGGCGUAUCACCAGAGACACCCCGAAAUACCAAAUCCGUUUAUAACACCCGAAACACCACAGACCACAACAAAUUUUGAGUUGAGUAAUAAUAACCUACCAAAUCCACAUGCAGAGAACACGACUCCAUUCAGUGUGAGACCCAGGAUAGAUGUGAGGGGAGAAGAUAUUAAUUGCCAGUUUGAUUGUGGAAAUGGCAACUGUGUAAAGUCUCAUGAGGUUUGUAAUGGUAUUAAUAAUUGUGGCAAUCGAAAGGAUGAAGAGGAUUGCAAACAUUUGGGUUACGAAGUGCGUCUGACUGGUGGCGAAAGUUUAAACAUGGGGCGUAUUGAGGUUAAAGUUCUUGGAAAAUGGGGAUACGUGUGUGAUGACAAGUUUGGUCUAAGCGAUGCUGAAGUGGUGUGCCGAGAACUGGGCUUCAAAUUGGGAGCAAGCGAAGUGCGUGGCUUUUCAUAUUACCCACCAACAACGGUGGAUGUGUCAUUUGCGAUGGACGAAGUCGAAUGUCGCGGCAAUGAAACAUCCCUAAAAGAAUGCAGCUUUAAAGGUUGGGGAGUUAGCAAUUGUGGACCGGAUGAGGUAGUCGGUGUAGUUUGUAAGGUGCCGCAACUUAAAUGUCCCAACAACUAUUGGCUGUGCAGUACCUCACAAGAGUGCAUACCACCGGCAUUCGUGUGCGACAAUACACCAGAUUGUGCUGAUAAAUCCGAUGAAAGUGAGACUGUUUGCAAUUCUCCCAUAAAAUAUCGGCUGGAGGGUGGGAGUAGCCCGAAUGAGGGACGGCUCGAAGUAAGAUAUCGUGGUGAGUGGGGUACUGUAUGCGAUGAUGAUUUCGGUUUGAAGGAGGCUCGUGUUAUGUGCAACUCAAUGGGUUUCUACGGAACACCGACUAUUGUUAAGAACAAAUAUGGAUCUGGUAACGGACCCAUUUGGUUGGAUCAGGUAUCUUGCUAUGGCAAUGAGACCACACUCGACCAGUGUGGUCAUUUUACAUGGGGCGAACAUAAUUGCAAUCACACUGAGGAUGUUGGCUUGAAGUGUACACUGGGUGCGCCGCCACAAAAGGAGAACUCGUCGCCACAGUUGAAUGAUUUUGAAAAUACACAGAGAGAGUUGGAUGACACACAACAACAGUUAGAAGAUAUUGGCUUAUACUCCGAACAAUGGGAACGUAAGAGCAAGGCGGUGGGCGAUCAAAGACGUUGCGGCCAAUUCAAAAACAACCUACUCGAUGAAUUUGCACAUCCGGAGGAGCGUGUUGUGAACGGUAGCAUUGCGAAGCGUGGUCAUCAUCCUUGGCAGGCCACGAUACGCACACGAGGCAGGGGUGGCAUAUCAAGCCAUUGGUGUGGGGCCGUACUCAUUUCUUCCAGGCAUUUGUUAACUGCUGCACAUUGUCUUGCUGGCUAUCCAAAAGGCGCCUACCUUGUGCGCAUGGGCGAUCACUAUGCAAAUAUAGCAGAAUCUUCGGAAGUUGAUUCGUUCAUUGAGAAUUGGUAUAUACACGAGAAGUUUCGUGAUGGCUCCCAUAUGAACAAUGAUAUUGCCGUGAUUGUGCUGAAGACGCCGGUGAGAUUCAACGAUUACAUUCAACCGGUAUGUCUGCCGAACAAGGGUGCGGCGCUGGCAGAGAAUCGUUUGUGCACAAUAUCCGGUUGGGGCUCUAUAAAGUCCGGUGUUUCGACACCCUCAAAUAUCCUUCGUGCAGCAGAACUGCCAAUUUUGUCCGAUGAAGUUUGUAAGCAAAAACAUGUCUACGGCGCAUCUCUCACAGAGGGUAUGUUUUGCGCCGGUUAUAUGGACGAGAGCUCGGAUGCCUGCGAUGGUGACUCUGGAGGUCCGCUGAUUUGCCACGAUGAAGAUGGUGAAACAUUGUAUGGUAUAAUCUCAUGGGGACAGCACUGUGGUUAUGCAAAUAAGCCGGGCGUUUAUGUGCGUGUGGAGAAAUACGUUGAUUGGAUAUUGGAAAAAAUCAAUAUUUCCAUUCAAAACAAAUUAUAAAAUAGAGACAUUUUAAAUUUUUAUAUCGUUAUAUAUACUUAUUAGCUUAGAAAUGCUUGAAUUUAUUUGUAAAAUAAAGGGGAAUGUAUUCCAACAUUUAA